CGGUUGACGUUUAUUUUUUUUAGUCCCUUAUUUCUUAGCAAAAGCCAACCUUGAACGUUUUUUUUGGGUAUAAGUGCGAUGUCGGAUUAGCGGUAACAGUUUGUCAAACGUGUCAACGAGCAGCUAAACGGAAACAGGGUCACGGCAACGUAUUUAGCCUCAGAUAAGCGAAGCUAACGUUAGGAAGCUAACGGGCCAGCUAGCUUUCAAGUGUGUGAAACACUUUAUAUUUGACUGAAGCGGUUUUAUUAACACCGACCGCUACAAUGGCUGACGUUGACAAGCUUAACAUAGACAGUAUCAUCCAACGUCUUUUAGAGGUCAGAGGGGCAAAGCCUGGGAAGAAUGUGCAGCUGCAGGAAAUAGAGAUUCGUGGAUUGUGCCUGAAGUCCAGGGAGAUUUUUCUCAGUCAACCCAUUCUUCUGGAGCUGGAGGCCCCUCUCAAGAUUUGUGGUGAUAUUCACGGGCAAUACUACGACCUGCUGAGGCUGUUUGAGUAUGGGAGCUUCCCCCCAGAAAGCAACUAUCUGUUUCUGGGUGACUAUGUGGACAGGGGGAAGCAGUCUCUGGAAACCAUCUGCCUUCUGCUGGCCUACAAAAUCAAAUACCCAGAGAACUUCUUCAUGCUGAGGGGAAACCAUGAGUGUGCUUCAAUCAACAGAAUAUAUGGUUUCUAUGAUGAGUGUAAAAGAAGGUACAACAUCAAACUUUGGAAGACCUUCACAGAUUGUUUUAACUGCCUCCCGAUUGCCGCCAUUGUUGAUGAGAAAAUCUUUUGUUGCCAUGGAGGACUGUCACCUGACCUUCAGUCCAUGGAGCAAAUCAGACGCAUCAUGCGCCCCACUGAUGUGCCCGACCAGGGUCUGUUGUGUGAUUUGCUGUGGUCCGAUCCAGACAAGGACGUUUUGGGCUGGGGUGAGAACGACCGAGGCGUAUCGUUUACCUUUGGCUCAGAGGUGGUGGCCAAGUUCCUGCACAAGCAUGACCUGGAUCUGAUCUGCCGUGCCCAUCAGGUUGUUGAGGAUGGCUAUGAGUUCUUCGCAAAGAGACAGCUUGUCACUUUGUUCUCGGCACCUAACUAUUGUGGAGAGUUUGACAACGCUGGUGCCAUGAUGAGUGUGGAUGAGACCCUCAUGUGCUCUUUUCAGAUUUUGAAACCAGCUGAGAAGAAGAAGCCCAACGGCAGCCGUCCCGUGACUCCCCCUCGCAACAUGGUCACCAAGCAAGCCAAGAAAUGAGUCUGGGGGGGGGCACAGACAGCUGGAAUCUCGCUCCUCUUUUCUGCUUUUGUUUUCUGCAUAUGAAGGGUUGGUUAUCUGUCCUUCAUGCUGCCAAUACUGAAAAGAUGUUCACUCCUACUCGAUGAAAGCAAAAUGUUUUGUUGUUUUGUUCACAGGGGUAAAUUGAUAUGUCACCAUGAAAACCUCAGGUGUUUUGCACUCCAUUUUGCAGCUAGUCUUUGCCACAUAUGACUGUUCAAUCAGGAAAAAUGUAACAAUACGGCUACUUAUGCACAGGAAUGCAUUGUUUGAAGCUGUGCACAAUUUUUCCAGUUUCUUUAUUAUUAUUAAUUUGUGAUCUUUUUCUUUUCAGUAAUGGCUAUUAAUGGCUAUAAAACCAACGGAGAAGAGUCACUAACACCUGUUUACUUAUGUAAAACUAUAUUUACAGUUUAGUUACGGUCGGUAUCAUGAGGUAUUGAUUUACACUGCAUCAUCACAUUUUUAACAAGUCUUGUGCUAAGAUAAAUGAAUAAGUAAGCACUCUUGUAACGUCUAAAUCUUUCUAAUAAACUUUGAGUGUAUUUUAAGGUGAAA